AUGGAGAGCUAUGAGAAAUUAGUUAAGAUUGGAGAAGGAACAUAUGGAACUGUCUAUAAAGCUGUCAAUCAUGACACUGGUGAAAUUGUCGCGUUAAAAAAAGUUCGUAUAGAUGAUGAAAAUGAGGGAAUUCCAAGUUUUGCAUUACGUGAGAUCUGUUUGCUAAAAGAAUUAAAACAUAAAAACAUUGUCAUGCUCUAUGACGUUAUCCAUGGAAAUAAAGAAUUGAUGAUAGUAUUUGAAUACUGCGAUCAGGACCUUAAGCGAUAUUGUGAUGCUUGCCAGGGCAAGAUUGAUCCUAGUAUAGUACAAUCCUUUACGAAUCAGUUAUUGCAAGGAUUGGCGUAUUGUCAUAGUCAUCAUAUAUUACAUCGUGAUAUCACACCUCAAAACAUUUUAGUUACAGGGAAUGGAGAUAUUAAAUUGGCAGAUUUCGGCCUGGCGAGAAAUUUCGGAAUUCCUGUCAAGUCGUUUUCGGCUGAGGUAGUUACAUUAUGGUACCGAUCGCCUGAUGUACUACUGGGCGCCACCCUGUAUGAUACAUCCAUUGAUAUUUGGUCUACUGGCUGUAUUUUUGCUGAACUUUCCAAUGGCGGACAGCCGUUGCUCCCUGGUAAAGACGUUGCUGAUCAGUUAAAAAUUAUAUUCAAAAUCUUUGGAACCCCAAAUGAGCAAAUUUGGCCCGGUGUUUCUCAAUUAAUGAAGGAUAAAGAUUAUCCUUCAUACAAUGCAAUGUCCAUUUUACAUGUAGUGCCAAAUCUAAAUCAGUUAGGAUGCGAUCUUUUCCAGCUGAUGAUGGUUUUAGAUCCAUCGAAACGUUGCACAGCGGAACAAGCCCUUCAGCACGCUUACUUUAAGGGUGUUUCCGAAGGCUAUACAUGA